AUGCUAACGGACUUGAUCUUUAAAGAUGCAGCUGUCAGUAUCCUUGAAACAUAUUACCACCAUAACCAAGGGCCUGCGGCAGCUGAGGACAAUGACGACAAGGACCGCUACGUCCGGGGUCUGGCCCGAAUGGUCCAGGUGUCGUCCGACAUCACCGUCAUUGACCUCACAAUACUCGGUGUAGCUCCUGGCCGCUACUAUGCGAGCAUUCGGGAGUUUGGCGAUCUCAAGCACGGCGUGCUCUCGGCGGGGCCCGUUUGGUUGGGCAGCGCUGCCGCCACUGGCGAGAAGCAGGUGUCAAGGCAGGGCGAUCUCGGCACUGUCGAGAUCGGCGCCGACGGUCGCGGCUCUGUGUUCCUGGACCGCCCGUUCCAGGUCUGGGAGGUGAUUGGACAUGCCUUGGUUGUGUCGCCUCGUGAUGAGUCGCAGGCCGGCGCGGCACCCCUGCAGAACGACGAGAACACGGUUGUCGGUGUCAUUGCAAGGAGUGCCGGCGUAUGGGACAACGACAAGACGGUGUGCUCGUGCACAGGGAAGACGCUCUGGCAGGAGCGGACUGACGAGGUCAAGAAAGGCAUGCUGUAG